CUCUGGGGUUCGCAUAGUUUCGAGGUUUUCAACUCGCUUCUUUGUCAACUUCCCGCAGAUACUUAGGUCGGUAGUUUUGGAAGCUAUUGUUGCAGAUACAUGAUUCAUUGACGGUUUAGGGUUCCACAAUUUGCCAAUAAACUAAUGAAUCCGAGACUGGAUUUGUGUUAUUGAAUUGAACUUCUAUGGCUUUUGGCAACUUGCAACUAGGAGAUACCAAUUUGUUUGAUCCCAGAUGAAGGAAGUCUAGUUUGGUGGUGAACAACUUUCAAAAUGGAAUACCCUUCCCCUUCAAAAGAUAAGGCGAUGAGUUUCUGGGCUUCUCCCAGAGCUCAGAUGGAUAAUUCCGCGUCAUUUGAUGGUUUUACAAGGCCAGACGAUCCGUUUAACGGUUUUUCAGGGCUCAUGAAUUUUGAUACUUAUGCUGGAUGGUGCACAAGUCCUUCAGCAGCUGAUCAGAUGGUCACAUCUUUCGCAUUAUCAGCCGGUUACACGCCCUUUGAUUAUGUGAACUUAACAGAACAAGUUAAAGGCGGGUUUCUCCCCACUGAUGGCGAAGUCACUCAAAAUUUCAUUAAUGGAGAAAGAGCAGUGCUUCCUACCAUAGACACCCAGUACAGCUUGCCAUUGAAUUCUGUUGAUGAAAAUGACAUAGGUGUGGGGAGAGGUGGCAAUUCUUGUCAACAGAAAAACAUUCAGGACACUGGAAAUGGUAUUAUUCAUAGGCCACCAGUACGAUCGCUUGCUGAAAAAAUGCUGAAAGCGUUGUCUUUGUUCAAAGACUCCUCUGGAGCAGGCAUUUUGGCCCAAGUUUGGGUUCCCAUUAAGGAAGGUGAUAAGUAUAUACUAAGCACUUCUGAGCAGCCCUACUUGCUUGACCAGAUGUUGGCUGGAUACCGUGAAGUGUCUAGAGGAUUCACCUUCUCUGCCGAAGUGAAACCUGGUAAUUUUCCAGGACUUCCUGGCCGGGUUUUUACCUCGAAAGUUCCAGAAUGGACUUCAAAUGUAGCCCACUACAAUAAAGGAGAGUACUUGCGCAUAGAUCAUGCACGCAACCAUGAAGUCCGUGGAUCUAUUGCCUUACCUGUGUUUGAAGAUGACUCCUUUGAGAGAUCUUGUUGUGCGGUACUGGAACUUGUCACAGUGAAAGAGAAAUCUGAUUUCAGUGAGGAGAUGGAUCAUGUUUGCCGUGCCCUUGAGACUGUGAAUUUGAAGAGCGUUACACCUCCUCGACUUUAUAAGCAGUGCCUCUCGAAAAAUCAAAUGGCUGCUUUAGGUGAAAUAACAGAUGUUCUUCGAGCUGUAUGCCAUGCACAUAGAUUGCCUGUUGCUCUAACAUGGAUACCAUGUAGUUACAAUGAAGGAGUUGGGGAUGAAACCAUAAAAGUACGUGUUGGAGGGUGUAAUGUCAAUUCAGCAGAGAAAUGUAUACUAUGUAUUGAGACUGAUGCUUGUUAUGUUAAUGAACGAGAGAUGCAAGGUUUUGUGCAAGCUUGUAGUGAGCAUCAUCUUGAGGAAGGACAGGGUAUUGCUGGAAAAGCACUUCAGUCGAAUCAUCCUUUCUUUUUCCCUGAUGUAAAGGAGUACGAUAUAAGUGAGUACCCACUUGUCCAGCAUGCUCGUAAAUAUGGCUUGAAUGCUGCUGUGGCAAUCAGGCUGAGGAGUACCUAUACUGGUGAUGAUGACUAUAUAUUGGAGUUCUUUCUUCCUGUCAACAUGAAAGGGUCUACAGAGCAGCAACUCUUGUUAAACAACCUAUCCAGUACGAUGCAAAGGAUCUGUAGGAGUUUGAGGACAGUUUCUGAUGCAGAACUAUCUGGUGUUGGGGGAUCUGAUAUUGGAUUCAAAAGGGGUUUAGAUGAAAGUAGGCUGCCAGUGGAGUUAUCUAGGAGCUGCUCUGAGCAGAAAUAUGUGGAAGGAAGUUCAACUCCUGCUGAUCAAGUUUCUGUAAAUGCAACUGACUCAAGUGAUGCUAGGAUAGGAGCACGCCCACCUGGUCAGAAGGUUGGUGGAUCAAGGAAACAAUCAGAGAAAAAACGAAGUACUGCAGAGAAGAAUGUUAGCUUAAGCGUUCUACAGCAAUAUUUUUCUGGGAGCCUUAAGGAUGCUGCUAAAAGCAUUGGAGUUUGUCCUACCACGCUGAAAAGGAUCUGCAGACAACAUGGUAUCUCGAGAUGGCCAUCACGGAAGAUAAACAAGGUAAACCGUUCCUUAAAGAAGAUACAGACGGUGCUGGACUCUGUACAGGGUGUAGAAGGAGGGUUGAAAUUUGACCCUACAACAGGUGGUCUUGUAGCAGCAGGCUCUGUCAUCCAAGAUGUCGAUGCACAAAAAAGUUCAAUGGUUUCCAAUAAUAACCCUUGCGACAGAAACAUCGACUUGGCCACAGAAGGUGCAUCACCGCAUCCUCCACCAUCAUCAUCAUGUUUUAAUAGCGAAAAUCCUACAGUGAAACUGGAGGAUGAAAGUUACAUGGGUGUAGACAAAUUAAGAUUGUCUAAUAGCAUUCCUAUUACAACUUCUAUAGGUGAAUAUUCUAGUGAUAGUUUGAAAAUGGCUGCCGCCAUGCCUUGGACAUUUUCAACACCUUCUCUUAAAGGAUGCAGCAGAUGGAGUCCAAUUGAUGGUCAAUUGAAAGUAGAGACGUCUAACCGUCAUUUUGUUUCUCAGAGCUCGAGUUCCUUGGCUGCUGGUGAUGGUAUGGAUACUGGUGAAGACAUCAUUGAUGAGCAUAACCAGUCUAGUUCUUCAGGCAUGACUGAAUCGUCAAAUGGCUCAAUGAUGAAUGGUAGUUCAUCAAGCUCUCCGAGCUUCGAUGGUGUGAAAAAUCCGAAAGCAGAGAUGUUGUUUGGGGAUGAAGGAUCAAAAAUUACUGUAAAGGCUACAUACAAAGAAGAUACAGUUAGGUUUAAGUAUGAACCUUCAUCCGGGUGGUUUCAGCUUUACGAAGAAGUUGCAAAGAGGUUUAAGAUACAAACAGGGACGUUCCAGCUCAAGUACAAGGACGAUGAAGAGGAAUGGGUGUUGUUGGUGUGUGAAUCUGAUUGGCAUGAGUGUCUUGAGAUUUUGGAGUUUCUUGGCACUCGUCAUGUGAAAUUUCUUGUUCGUGAUGCUACUUUCGCUAUGGGCAGCUCGGGCAGUAGCAAUUGUUUCUUGAUGGGAAGUUCCUAACACUUGGUUACAUCUGAGGCAGGCUACAUUUGAGGUAAAAGGCUUUUUUUUUCCUGCUGAAUUUCAAUAAAAUGGUUAUUCUCAUGUCAUUGCUUCCUGUCUAAAAAGUCAAAGGGGUAUCAAGUCUUUUGGAAGCUUAAGCUAUGUUGAAUUUGAAUAAUCAUGCAUAGUGGUAUUACAUGUAUAGUUAUGGAGAAGAUAGGAGUAGUUGGAGAAUUUUCAGUAGUUUAAUUUUAACAGUUGGAAAGCUGUGUUUAUGUUGACUGUUUUGUAUAAGCAACUGGUCAAACCAUAGAAAUCUUUGGGUUAUAAAGAUGAUAAUAUUUGCUUUAGGUGA